AUAAGAGGGAGUGUGCUUUAAAAGCAGCUGCAGUGUGGGAGUGACACACUCCUCACUCCUUACUGAAGGGUCCAACUCCCACCCUCGCAGCCACCAUGACCUUCAACGGCACCUGGAAAGUUGAUCGCAGUGAAAACUACGAUGCCUUCAUGUCAAAAAUGGGAGUGAACGUGGUGAAGAGGAAACUGGCAGCCCACGACAACCUGAAGAUCACACUUCAACAGACCGGAGACAAGUUCCACGUCAAGGAAAGCAGCGCCUUCCGCACCCUGGAGCUCGACUUCACCCUGGGGGUGACGUUCGACUACAGCCUGGCCGAUGGAACUGAAGUAUCGGGCUCGUGGAAAAUGGAGGGAGACACGUUGACGGGUGUUUUCACCAGAAAGGACAACGGGAAGGAGCUGACAACCAUCAGAACCGUUCAGGGAGACGAGAUGGUGCAGAGCUACAGCUACGAAGGUGUGGAGGCCAAGAGGAUAUUCAAGAAGGAGUGAACACGGCCACAACGCAGUAUUGUGUUGAGGCCAUCGAUCAGUUCAGUUUCAUCAACAACAGUCUUUCAAAGCAACAAUACUUGAAUCGCCUGCACAGUAUAUGCACAAAGUUUUGAUACUUACAGUAAUAAAAGUCACAGUGAACCUGC